AUGGCCUCCCUCGCCGAAUUCGGGUUCGGCGUCCCGAAACGGCGGGCGAGCGCGGAGGGAGGGGGGGACGGGAGGCGGGCGAGCGCGGAGGGGGACCGCCGCGCAUCGGGCGAUCGCGCGGGACCGCCAAGGACGGCACCCGACUCGGCGAGGGGAGGCGGCAACAAACGCAACAGCGGCGGCGGCAACGGCGGCGAGGGGCGCGGUCGCAACAGCGUGGGGUUCGCGCCGCCGCCGUUCGACGGAGCCCGCGUGGGAGCGGAGCUCGCGUCCGCCAAGUCCUUGCUGCUCUGGUUCCACGAGGAUCGCGCCGAUUGCAUCGAUCGCGCGCUCGGCGAGGGGCUCUGGGACGACUUCCUCGAGCCCCUGGAGAGAGAAGGCAGAUGGCACGUGCGCCAGUGCAGCUACGAGGACCUGCAGGAGGAGCGCAGGCGCCGCCGCGACCCCGCGCGCCGGGACGACCAAUCGUCGGUACCGCGGCCCCCGGUCAAGGCGGCCAUCGACAGCGUCGCGGCGAUGAAGUGCUCGCUGGGCACCCGCAAAGACGGGCGCCACGGCGUCGUCGUCGCGUGGGAACUACAGUUCGACGACACCGCGCGCGCCAUCGCGGGGUACGAGAAGAUCGCGAAGUGCCUCUACGACGCCGGGGUGGUGGACCAGAGCGUGCCGCCGUUCGCGCGCAACUGCCACCUGAAGGAGUGGAUCCCGUUCCCCACGCGGAUGGCGCUGACGACGCCGAAAGUUUUGGCAUCCGACGAGGAGGUGGACGACGCGAUGCGGAAGAUCCCGAGCAGACUCAAACGCGCGCUCUUCCCCUUUCAGGAGGCUGGGGUGAGGUUCGGGUUGAAGCGACGCGGCCGGUGUUUGAUCGGGGACCAGAUGGGGGUGGGAAAGACGCUUCAGGCGCUGGCGCUCGGGUCUUGCUACCUGGACGAGGGCCCGUUGCUGGUCAUCGCGCCGAAGUCGAUGCGGCUGACGUGGGCGCGGGAGCUCGAGCGUUGGCUGCCGGACUUGAGGCCCAAGAAUUUGCUGGUGUGCGACUCGCAGAACCAGGCGACGGCUCCGCUGAGGCUGAUGGCGCGCGCGAUGCGUAUUCGAGACGAGCUCAGGCGAAGUCGGAUUGACGACGACGGGGACGACGAGGACGACGUCGGCGGCUCGACGGACGCGAUCGCGCGGAUGGAGGCUGCGCAGGCCGCGCGCGAGAUCUUGGAUCAGCCCCGCGUCGUCGUCGUCGCGUACAAGAUGUGCCAGCUCCUCAGCGCGCACAUUCGGAGCAUCCGGUGGGGCGCGGUGAUUGUCGACGAGUCGCACACGCUUCGAACCACGCCGAGCCUCUCCGGCGGCGACGGCUGCGAAUCCGAACAGACGGCGACGAUACUUCGAAUGAUCCGCGGCUCCAAGCCCGAGUACGCCAGGGUGGACCCGCCGGAGACGCGUGGAUGGCGACCAAUCUCGGAUCGAGUCGUGCUGUGCAGCGGGACGCCGUCGCUGACCAAGCCGUUUGACAUGUACAACCAGAUUGACGCGCUGCGGCUCGGGUUAUUGGGCGACAAGAAGACGUUCAUGCACGCGUACUGCGACUUUCAUCAGAACAGAUUCGGGCACCACAACGUCCGCGGCGGUAAGCGGUUCGCGGAGUACCAGGUGCUGCUGCGGAACGUGAUGAUCCGCCGCCUGAAGAGCGACGUGGCGAAUGACCUACCGGCCAAGCGGAGGGACAAGGUGUACGUCGACGUGACAAAGGACGACAUGAGUGCGGCGUGGAGGCACAUCGGCGAGCAGGGCAGGGUGAACCUCGAGGACGACGGCGUGGACUGCGAGGGGGAACCGAACAGCGCGGGUUCCAUCGCGAAGAUGCAGGCAAUCGGGCUCGCAAAGGCUCGCGGCGCGAGCGAAUGGAUCAAGGAUUUCCUCGGCAUCGAGACCGGCGGCGACAUCAGCGAGAGGGAUUGGCGGGAACUCGGCCUCGACGAGGAUCAGCGAAGGGCGUACACCGACUCGCUCAAGGAGAUGCCCAAGACUGUGAUAUUCGCCCACCACAGGUUGGUGAUGGACUACGUCGAGGACAAGGUGCUGCGAAAGAUGCCGAGAGAUUGGGACGACGCGAACCUUCCGUACAUACGCUUCGACGGGAGCACUCCGGGUCAGGAGCGCGACGCGGGCUGCGACCGGUUCAAAAACGACGAUAACUGCAGGGUGGCGCUGGUGUCCGUCACCGCCGGCGGCGUGGGCAUCGACUUUUCGAGGGGUUCCGUGGUGAUAUUCGUCGAGUUGCCCCUGGCGCACCUCGUGGAGCAGGCUGAGGACCGGGUGCACAGACAGGGCGUCGCCGACCCGGUCACCGUGUAUUACCUGGUGGCCAGGGGCGCGGGCGAGUGGCACGACAGGAAACGUCUGGAGAGCAUCGACGUGUCUCUAGACACGACGCGUCGCGCCCUCGGCGACCACGACGCCGCGGACGCGCGCGGGCUGGACGUUCGGAACAGGAAGAGCGCGAGGGGCGCGGGACCCGGCGGUGAGUCACCGCCCGGUGAGUCACCGCCCGGUGAGUCACCGCCCGGUGAGUCACCGCCCGGUGAGUCACCGGGUCGCGACGACCUCUCAGCAGAGACAGAGACGCGUUUGGACUGGUUCAACGCCUCAUCGCGCGAACGCCGGUGCGGCGAGGACGAGGAACGGUCGUACGCGACCCCGCCGCCCCCCGACGACCUUUGGUUUGAGUACAGCGGCGCCACCCAACGCGUGCACCUGCACGGAGCCGCCGACGGCUCGGCGCCGCUGGGUCAAUCGUUCGACCCGAACGACGUGUGCAGAACGGAGCGCAGGCUCCGCGCCGAGCUCGACCAGACCGUCCCGGCGGACGUCAAGAGGAAGCGGUGGACCAGGCCGCUGGACGUGCGUUUGUCGGACGCGGCGGCGGAUGACGGAUUAAUCGGGGGCGAUAAGAGUUCCGGGUUUUCCCGGAGUCACGCGCCGAGGCUGUGGGGUCGCGUCGACGCCGUCUUCGCCGCCGCCGCGUACGUGCACGAGCUGGAGGCGCUCAAGGCUGAGGAUAAGAACACCAUCGCGAGGGUCCACGCGUGCGUUCGGGGUUCCAUCAAGGACUACAUACACGGCGCGAUUGGUUCUUCCAUCGAUUCUUCCGGGAAUUCGUCCAAAAACGCGGGGGCAGGGUCGGCGUCGACGACUCGACACGGAAGCGGUCGCCGCGAGCCCCUCCCCGAGCACGCGGAGUGGCGCCCCGUCCUCAUCGCGAACGUUCGCGGCCGGGGGGAGCCCCGAGAGGCUAAGGAACCCGUCUCGCUGGGAUGGGAAGACGUCUCUGCGGAUGGAACGAAAAAAAAAACCGUCCCCGUCGGUACCCCGCUGUGCCUGAAGUGCAUGAAACCGAGGGACGGAGCCAACCCGCUCGGGGACGGCGCCCCGGACCUCGACCUCGACUCCAUGGUCCACGUGCGCGCGUUCACGCAGGCCAUCGCGUCCGGUCCGCGGACGGUUGCAUCCACCGCGGAUCUGUUUUGCUCCGAGGAGUGCGCCGUGCUCGACUCGCAGACUCGAAGCGCGGCGGCGCUGAGGCGCGCGUGCUUCGAACGGGACCGAGGCGUCUGCGCAACGUGCGGCCUGGACUGCGACGACUUGGUCCGCAGGAUCCGCGUGAUGCGGUGCCAGGACGACCGCCGCGACGCCGUGCUCGCGGCGUGGCCGGCGAUGGGCCACCGGGGCAACGGCGGCCGGCUGAGUAAGCUGGCGCAGACGGCGGCGAGCGGGCACGCGUGGGAGUGCGACCACGUUCGUGCCGUCUACGACGGCGGCGGCGAGUGCACGGUGGACAACUGCCAGACGCUGUGCGUGCUGUGCCACAAGGCGAGGACCGCGGCGCAGGCCAAGGAGAGGGCGGAGAGGCGCAAGGCGGAGAAGGAGAAGAAGGAGAAGAAGGGUCAGGGGACGAUUCAAGCGGGUUUCGCCGUCGCUCACCUCGCCAACUGCGUGGACCUCACGGCGCUGGAAGGGCUGGACGUGGAGGUGCCGGAGUCCCAAGAGCUCGAGGCGGUCGACUGGCGCACCGCGCGAGUCGUCCGAGACGAUGAUGCGCGCGAGGAAGAGGACGAGGGUGAGGAAGAGAACGAGGACGAGGCUGACUCAGACUCCGCGGUGCCCGAAACGGACGACGACGAGGCGGACGAGAACAUCGCGCCGACGCAGUCGCCGCCGCGGGUGUUGCCGGCGAAGAGGAAAAAAGCGUCGCUCGGCGUCUCGCAACCCGACCCGCAGCACGUGGCGCCGGAAUACUCGGAUUGGGAAGAGGAGCACGUGUCGCCGGAAUACGUAGACUAGAUUAGACGACACUCGUAGACGAUGACGUGACGAUACACUUUGAAGAACAACGUCAGGGAACAACGACCGACUGACAUAUAUUAC